AUCCUUGUCAUUGAUGGAGCAAAGUAAAUAUUAGCAGAUUAAAAGUAUAGAGAUUACUUUAUAAUUUAUGUUCAAGCUCUAAAAGGGAGGCUUGUCUGAGGAAUGUGGAAGCAGUGAAAAUUUACUUUUCUUGUCAGGAUUUCCAAAAUGGAAUUUAAAUUAUUCGCCUUCGUCACCUUAAUCUGUACACCAGGUCUAUAUGCAUUGACCGUGGUUUCACUUAAAAACCCUGUGGCUGUGGGCAGCAAUGUGACUCUAAGCUUGAAUGACUCAAUGGCCAUUCCAGUCGGGAGCUGGUUGUAUGAGUCAACUGUAUUGGUGGUCUGGUUCCCAGGAAAUUCUUUAGUGGGUAGCAGCUUCAAUAAGGGAAUAGCAUUUAACAACAUUACAUAUGAACUCACCUUAACUUCAGUAACUCUACGCAGUUCUGGCCUAUAUGCUUUAGAGUCCUUAAAACCACUGCUGAGCAAAGGAGAGUUUAGAUUGGAAGUUGAAGAACCUGUAAGUAAUUUGUCUUUAAACGUAAGCAACACAAACCUGGUGGAGUUUAACGGCACCGUGACAUUCACAUGCUCUGCCAGUGGCACACCAAAAUGGUUUUCAUGGCAGAACGGCAGCUCUGUGGUCACGGCUGGAGGAAGAGUUGAGCUCAGGAAUGAUGGACAAGUGCUUGCCAUUAAUAGUGUGAUGCGGUAUGACCAAGGGCCAUUCAAGUGUAUUGUGGCAAACAACAUUAGCAAGGAAGAGAGUACACAAAUUACCCUCACUAUAAGCUAUGGGCCUAGUAACCUGACAAUUACAGCCUUGCCAGAGAAAAUGGCAUAUGCUUCAGACUCAGCCAUUUCCAUAACAUGCUCUGCAGACUCCAAGCCAACAGCUUCUUUCUACUGGACAUACAAUAAGGUUCCUCUUAAUGUCAAUGGUCCAAAUCUUAAACUUACUAACACUACCCAGAACAAAACGGGACUGUACACCUGCAUUGCCCAAAAUGCAGUCACACUCCGAUAUGAUGCAGUGACCAAAACCAUUCACAUAGUUGACCCAAUAUCAUCAGUGGUGGUAAACCCUUUAGCUGGCAAUCCAAUAAAAAACAUGCCUUUUCAUCUGACCUGCGAUGUUGUGGGGCCAGAGGACUCCAUUCACUGGAUGAAGAAUGGCAUGUACCUGUUACCCAACAAUACGAUCACUCUCUCCAGUGACAACUCAACCUUAAACUUUAACCAACUUACUCAAAAUGAUGAUGGACAAUAUCUGUGUGUAGCUAGUAAUGCUGUCAGCAGCAUGACCAGCUCAGCCUACAACCUUGUGGUCAACUAUGGUCCAUGGAACACAGCAAUUACUGGUCCAGCCAUGUCAGAGAUAGGGUACACUGUGACCUUCAGCUGUUCUGCUAACUCUUAUCCUCAAAGUCAAUACAGCUGGUUCUUCAACAGCUCAAAAGUGGCAGUCGGCCCAGUGUUUGUGACUGAAGUUCUUUUACCAAAUAAUAGUGGACAGUACACCUGCAUGGCCUUCAAUAACAUCACAGGCAGCAGCAACAAUGCCUCAUUGGUUUUAACUGUAAUUGAUGGUGUCACAGUGGGUGUGAGCUCCAAUCCACUCAUUCCUCUGGCCUCUCAAAACCUGCAGCUCUUCUGUAAUGUGGACGGACACUACAACAGCCUCCACUGGCUUCGAAACUAUCAGACUUUCCAGGCAUCAAACAGAGUUACAAUCUCUGUAGAUAACACAACUGUAAACUUCAAACCUCUGCAGACGGCUGACAAUGGGAUAUACCAGUGUGUUGCCACAAACAUAUUCAAACAGCACAUCAGUCAACCAUACAGACUUGUGGCAAACUCACCUGAUGCUGCUGUCAGUGUCCAGGCAAGUGUUUUGGUGACAGCUCUUCUCGCUCUCCUCCCUGUGCUGCAUGAAUAAUGGAUGGCUACAAUACUGAUAUUACUGUCGAGUUGUCUGUCAGGGCAGAAUGAGGACCUACUCUCUAAAAGGAAAUACUGUAAAUCACUAAUUACAAAAAUUGACACUAAUUUUAAAACUUUUCUGUGGGGUUGCACAGUCCAGAUUCUCUUUUUUAUCUGUGCUAUAUUUAUUACUAUUAUUAAUUUGACAGUAAUUUAUGAAUUAUUAAUUUAAUGCUGUUAGAAUUAUAUGCUAUUUUACUUUAGAUCUGCUAAUCUAUUGUCUACAGUAGGUAAAUUAAUCUAGGCUGGAUAAUUUGGAUUUGUAGCAGAAUAUAAAUUAUUUUCUUGGACAAGCUACAUGUACCAAACAUGUACUACUUGUACCAAAUUUAACCAAAUAAAAUAUUAUCUAAAUUCAAGGGCAUAGAUUUGGCUUGAACUUUUGGUGGGGGGGUUAUAAUGUUUAUUUAUAUUCUGUAAUCAUGCAUUCUG